AUGGAAAGGGGAAGGGGAAGAGGAAGGGGAAGGGGAAGGGGAAGGGAAAAAGUUGAGAAAGUGGGAAAGAGAACAGCGGAGUUGAGAAUGGAGAUUCGGAGGAGACACGAGGAGAAGAGGCAACAGAAGAAGGAAGAAGAUAUGAGAAUGGAGAUGAGGGAGAUAAGCGAAGAUUACAAGAUUUGGAAGAAGAACACUCCAUUCUUGUACGACCUCGUCUUCACACACGUCCUCGAGUGGCAGUCCCUCACGGUGGAGUGGCUCCCGGACAGCCACGAGCCUCCCGGCGAGGACUACUCCGUUCAAAAAAUCAUCCUCGGAACCCACGCCGCCAUGAACGAGCCCAAUUACCUGAUGCUCGCUGAGGUACAAAUCCCUCUCGAAAGUGCAGAGCUCCACAUCCCAUACUAUGAUGAUGAAGGCCCUGGUGUUGGUGGUGUCAACGCCGGUGAUGUUCAAAUCAUACAGCAAAUCAAACACGAUGGUGAGGUUAAUAGGGCUCGUUAUAUGCCACAAAACCCAUUCAUCAUUGCCACUAAAACCGUUAGUGGUGAGGUUCAUAUCUUUGAUUAUAUCAAGCAUCCCUCUACCCCUGAUUUGAGGUUGAUUGGUCACACCAAUGAAGGGUGGGGUUUGUCGUGGAGCAAGUUCAGAUAUGGCCAUUUGCUUAGUGGCUCUGAGGAUCCUUUGAUUUGCUUGUGGGAUGUUAACGCUAUUCCCAAUAAGAAAUCACUCUACCCCAACCAAGUUUUCAAGGUCGAUGAAGGUGCUGUGGAAGAUGUAGCUUGGCAUUUGAAGCAUGAGUACUUGUUUGGUUCUGUUGGUAGUGAACAAAACUUGCUUAUAUGGGAUCUUCGAACACCAUAUGUUACCAAGCCUGCCCAAUCUGUUGUUGCUCAUCAAAGUGAGGUUAACUGCUUGACUUUCAAUCCCUUUAACGAAUGGCUUGUUGCUACGGGUUCUUCGGAUGAAACUGUGAAGUUGUUUGAUCUGCGCAAGAUCAGUACUGCUCUUUACACCUUCGAUGGUCACGAGGAAGAGAUUACCCAGGUAUGCUGGAAUCCAAAGAACGAGACUAUCUUGGCCUCUUCUUGUCAUGGUAGGAGACUAUUGGUGUGGGAUAUUAGCAGGAUUGGUGAAGAGCUGAAGGCAGAAAAUAUAGGAGAUGGUCCACCAGAAUUGCUGUUUAUUCAUGGUGGUCAUACAAGCAAAAUAUCGGACUUCUCUUGGAACCAAAAUGAGGAAUGGAUUGUUGCUAGUGUGGCUGAGGAUAACAUACUUCAAAUAUGGCAGAUGUCUGAGGUCCUAUACUAUAACGAUGAAGAUCUGAUGGGAGGUGAACCUCAAGGGUGA